AUGAGCGGCAAUAAAACGCUGUAUACAGACGCACCCCAACUCUCGAGCCUGGCGGGCAGCCCUGGCCAUCGUCCCCUGUGCCCGCCAGGUUACGGUGUCUACAUAUACCCAAAUUCCUUCUUCCAAUAUGAAGGAGAAUGGAAAGGAGGAAAGAAACACGGUCGCGGGAAGUUGCUGUUUAAAGAUGGGAGUUAUUACGAAGGCGACUUUGUGGACGGAGAGAUCACUGGGCAAGGCUGCCAACACUGGGCCUGUUCAGGAAACACCUACUCUGGACAGUUUGUUUUGGGAGAGCCUCAGGGACAUGGCAUCAUUACGUACAGAGCUGGGGGCCGUUACGAAGGAGAGCUCUGCUGUGGCCUCAGAGAAGGUCAGGGCAUCCUGGUGGACCCAGAUGGACAGGUGUACCAGGGGUCCUUUCAUGACAACAAGAGGCAUGGCUGGGGGCAGAUGCUCUUUAAGAAUGGUGACAAGUACGAAGGCGACUGGAUCCGGGACGGGCGCCAGGGACACGGGGUGCUACGCUGUGCUGAUGGCUCUACAUAUGAGGGACAGUGGCACAGCGAUGUAUUCAGUGGUCUUGGCAGCUUGGCCCACUACUCAGGGGUCACCUACUGUGGGCUGUGGAUCAACGGCCACCCAACAGCACCAGCCACGAAGAUUUUGAUUCUGGGUCCGGAGGUGCUGCGGGUGGCCCGAGGCUGUGCCUUCACUUUGCAUGUGCAACUGCUGCGGGACAACGGGGAGACGGCAGAUUGCGAGAGCGGCCGGGUCCUGCGGAUCUCAGCGGGCGUCAGACACGUGCAGCUCCCAGGCCUCUCCGAGAUCAGCUUCUUCAAGGCAGAGGAGGGCCAUGAGGAGAAACCCUUCGAGACCCCAUUUGGGUUCCAGUGCCUCUCCUACCCCCUGUCCUGCCCUGCUUCAACUCAGCUGGGGCCCAGGACUGCCAUGGAACGUGCUGGGACCAGUUCACCACCAUUCCAGGGAGAGCCCGGCCCUGCACUGGAUUGUAGGGCUGUCCAUGGCCAGGGUGACACCCCCGGUCACCUUCGCAGUGAGUGGAGGGACAAACCAGCAGCCAGGGCACAGGAGCCCCCGUGCCCUGCAGACCACCGGCACGUGACCCAAGGUCAUGCAGAGUUCGCAGACGUCCUCCUGGGGCCACCCCCGCCCAGCCUCCAGGCUUUCCUAGCCCUGGGCAGCUCCAGCCAGAAGCCUGACAGCAAGCAAGAGGGCGGCCUGUGCCGAGCCAAGAUGGUGCCCACCUUCCACGGCAGCAGGCCUGAUGGGACUGCAGCGAAGCCAGUGGCAGCGGUGUACCCAGGGGAGUAUGUGAUCCUGAUCCAAGAUGUGACCACAGCUCCAUUCCUGGGCCGAACACUGCCCACUGCCUUCAAACACCUGCACAUCCUGCCAGAGGAGCAGCCCCCACCCCUGUCCCUGGAGGAGGGUCCAGGACAGAGCCUGGGGUGAGUCCCGCUGAUACGCUGGAGGCACCAGAGCCCACAGAGUGACCUCCACCAGGAAGUCCAUGCUGCCUUCCCUGACCUUGCCCCCCACGUUCCUAGUAGCUUGGGCACAGGGUGGGGGCCACAUGAGUCCCCAGCCUCUGGCUCCAAUAAAA